UUGAAUCUUGACAGCUAUAACUAAUAAUGUGUUUGUUUUGCCGACGCUACUAUUUUUCAUUGUAAAUUAAAUUAAAAUAAUCAAAUUAUUAUAAAAUUAAACGCCCUUAUAUUAAGUUAAUAGUGUAUGUUCCACGCAUGGGGCGUGUAAUAUUUAUAAGAGAACAGUUUUUGAAGUUAUAAUAUAUAAAUAACCUUAAAAUGUCUGACGAUGAAGUAGUGGCGGUGAAAAAGCCAAAACUGUAUUAUGGGUCUCUGGAGGAGCAGGAGAAGGCUCGUCUGGCAGCUCUGGCGGCUGCUGCCAGGGAGGGAGUCAAAGAAAGUGCCAAAGAAACUGGUGACAUACAAAUUUCCAAUGAAUACAUGGAGCUAGAAGAUGAGAUAACCAAAGACAAAAAGGCAUUGCUAGAGGAGUUUGAACGGAGGAGAAAAGCUCGUCAGUUGAAUGUAUCAACGGACGAUGACGAGGUUAGACGGAGUCUCCGGCAGCUCGGUGAGCCUGUGUGUCUGUUCGGGGAAGGCCCAGCCGAGAGGAGGGUCCGGUUAAGGGACUUGCUCAGCUAUCUAGGUGAGGACGCCAUCCACAAGGCCCUGGAAGAGGAGGAGGCCCGCCUGGAGAGGGACCGGGGCCGGGAGGGGACCUGGUACCACGAAGGCCCCGCGGCGCUGAGAAGGGCGAGGAUCGAUAUAGCCAGGUUCUCACUGCCGAGGGCCAAGCAAAGACUGGCCCAAGCUCGCUCAGAGUUGGAACUGGCCGGCAGCGUGCGAGCGGCCGCCAAGCAGGACGCUCAGAGGAAGGCCGCGGCUAACUCCAUAUAUUGCAGUCAGAUCGGUGACACGAGACCUAUAAGUUUCUGUAGGUUCAGUUCGGACAGUAAAAUGCUUAUAACAUCGAGCUGGUCGGGCGUGUGCCGCGUGUGGUCGGUCCCUGGGUGUGUGGAGGUCCAGACGUUGUUGGGACACACGGGGAACGUCAGCUCUGCGACCUUCCACCCGAAGGCGGUGAUGCCGCAUCAUCUGCAGCUCAAGGCGGAAAAGGGGGAGAAGUCUGAGGAUAAAUCCGAGGAUAUGUCCGUGGAUGUGUCGGACGCGUCGCAUAACGUCGCGAUGGCUUCCAGCGGGUAUGACGGCAGCGUGUUCCUGUGGAACUUUGUCAGCGAGUCACCGCUGGCGUCCUUGCCCGGCCACGGCCCGGCCCGCGUGUCCAGGGUGGAGUUCCAUCCGUCUGGUCGCUACCUGGCCGCCACGGUCUUCGAUCACUCGUGGAGGCUGUGGGAUCUGGAAACACAGACCGAGGUCCUUCACCAGGAAGGUCACGCCAAGCCGGUGUACAGCGUAGCCUUCCAGUGCGACGGGUCCCUGGCGGUGACCGGGGGUAUGGACUCUUUCGGGCGCGUUUGGGACCUUAGGACGGGUCGCUGUGUGAUGUUCCUCGAGGGUCACCUCGGCCCCGUGUUGGGGGUGGACUGGGCCCCCGCGGGUCACCAGCUCGCCACGGCCGCCGCCGAUCACCAGGCGAAGAUCUGGGACCUGAGGCGCCGGUCGUCCAUAUACACCAUCCCUGCGCACACGCACCUCAUCAGCGACAUUCGUUAUCAACGGACCCAGGGUCACUUCCUGUUGACCUCGUCCUAUGACCACUCCGCCAAGCUGUGGUCCAACCCCGCCUGGCACCCGCUGAGGACACUCUCCGGACACGACAACAAGGUGAUGAGCUGUGAUAUUUCACCCGACAAUAAGUACAUAGCGACCAGCUCCUACGACAGAACGUUCAAGCUCUGGGCUCCGGACAUGGCUUAAAUAUAAUAUUUUUUUAAUAAAA